UGGGUGGGAUUUUUUAGAGAGGCGUUGCCGCAUAGGGAGUACUUCACGAUUGUACUACUUGCACAUUUUCAUACAUUGCGCAUUUUACUGCCCGCGUACGCCACCGCUGUUGUCAGAGUAUACGAUAUAUUCCCGAGAAAUAAAGAUUUAAGCCAUGGCCAACUACAUACACGUACCCGACGAGGCUCCCGCUGUGCCCAAAAUAGAUGUGACAGUUGACGAGAGCGACUACAGACCCGGUGCACUGAAACUGAUCAAGGAGCUGAGACCCAACUGGAAGCCGUCCGAGGUCAAAAUGAAGUUUUUCACAGAUGGAAUAACCAAUAAGCUGCUGGGCUGCUAUGUGGGUACAGCCAUGCAGGAUGUGGUUUUGGUCCGUAUUUACGGCAACAAAACAGAGCUGUUGGUGGACCGGGGAAAUGAGGUGAAAAGUUUCAGAGUACUACACGCUCACCGCUGUGCACCGCGCCUCUACUGUACCUUCAACAAUGGCCUGUGUUAUGAAUUUCUCCAAGGAACUGCCCUGGAGCCUGAACACAUUCGCAGCCAACCUGUUUUCAGGCUCAUCGCCAGACAGCUGGCCAAGUACCACGCCAUCCAUGCCCACAAUGGCUGGGUGCCCCAGUCUGACCUGUGGCUGAAGAUGGGCAAGUACUUUGCUCUCAUCCCCAAGUACUUCAAGGACCCUGAGUGGAAUGCCAGGUUGAGCAUAGAGGUACCCAGCCCACGAUGCCUCAGAGAAGAGCUGGUGUGGCUCCAGCAGAGCUUGUCGGUGCUGGGCUCCCCCGUCGUUCUCUGCCACAACGACCUGCUCUGCAAAAACAUCAUCUACAACCGGGAUGAAGGCAAUGUAAAGUUCAUUGACUACGAAUAUGCUGGGUACAAUUACCAAGCCUACGACAUUGGGAACCAUUUCAAUGAGUUUGCCGGCCUGAACGAGGUGGAUUACAGUCAUUAUCCAGGGCGGGCCUUUCAGCUGCAGUGGCUCCGCUCCUACUUGGAGGCCUAUAAGGAGCACAAAGGCCAGGGCAGUGACGUGACUGAUAGAGAGGUGGAGAUUCUUUAUGUCCAAGUCAACCGAUUUGCCCUGGCGUCUCAUUUCUUCUGGGGUCUCUGGGCUCUGAUUCAGGCCAAGUUCUCCACCAUCGACUUUGACUUCUUGGGAUAUGCAGUCCUGCGCUUCAACCAAUACUUCAAAAUGAAACCAGAGGUGGCUGCACUGAACUUACCAGAAUAAUCGCUGCCAACCCCUCAUUUUCUCCUUCUUCUCCUGCUCUUCCUCCCCUCCAACCUGCUCUCUGCGCCUCAUACUCCAACAGCCUAGUGCCCUCUAGGGGUGUGGGGAAGAGCCAGACUGAGAGUCUGUCCUGUUCAGUGCCUACGGGUCCCCCCUCCACUGUCCUUAUCUCUAGAGACUGAAUGGACCACAAUCUUAUCCAUCAUCUACAGUCACACCUUCAGUUAACCAGGAGGUAUCCCAAAUUUAUAGUAUGGGUGUGUGUGAAGGACUGACUUGAGGCCUGCUAUAAUGUGAAGCUCACAUGGCAAGAUUUAUUGUGAUUAUCCAAUAUUCUAAUAUCAAUCAGGAUAUUAACAUGAUAUCAGCAUAUCUAUUUGUAAGCGGCUCUUUUCAUUGCUCAAAAUUCAAUUACAUAGCAACCACCUUGAUGACUGACAGGUGGCCCAAACACUAAUCCAAUUGCCUGGAUUCACCUUCCUCAUAUGCACAUUCAUGGGGAAAACCCUUGAAAGCCAGCCAAAUUUAUAACGACAUGAUGGCAAUAAAGCCUGCUUUGUUUGCUAAGGAACCAAGAUGAAAAGGAGAAACAAAUGCUGAGAUGGAAAGGCCAGUGCGAUCCGUUAAUCCCAUGUGAUAAAAAAACGCGUGGCCUACCCUGUGACUCUUGUUUUCACCCUUAUUUGCCCCAGCAUAUUGUGCAUGGGUGGUGCGCCAAAAUAGCCAUGUAGUCAUUGUUGCUGUGUAGUUUUUUGGUGAGGGUUUGUGUUUUGGCUUUUCUAACUUAAAGGUAGAAACAUGAAGUUGUUGGAGAGCAUCUUGUGUUUACAUCUAACCUCUCCUUUUAGUUAAACAGUUGUACAUCACCGAGCAGCCGUUUGACUCGAGGGAGUUUCACUGUAAUUUAGGUUUCAGGUUUGUUUUGACACUUGGUUUUUGUCUAAAUCUUAACUGGAGACAAAAAAUGCAUCUCACUGUAAUUUUGAACAUUCCAUGUUCAUAAUACUAAGACAAGAAAUUUGGUUGUAGGUAACACAAUGAGUCAGCAGUGUUAGGGACUUUUUUCACUGUGACACCGACUGUAAGCCAUGCUGCACUAGACAAGACCAAACCAUAUUAUUGUCUGCUCCAUUUCAGGGAAAGUUUGGGAAUCAUCUUUAAUAUUACAAAACACUGUUGUUCAGUCCUGACGAACUAAGGAACUGACCAUAUUAUGUACUUGUAGACCAGUCUUCGUUCACAAAUAUGUUAUUAAGAUAAGUGAUAUGGCCUUGCUUGACUGUUAGAUGUCUGAGUCUCUGUUGGCAUUCAUCAUUUCAAGCGCCAAAUGUUGAAAUGAAGGUUUGUAGAAAAGUGUGGAGUUUUGGCAGAGAAGAAAGUGUAGUUGGUUAUCUCAGAGAGGUUAAGUUGAUCUGUGUUCAUUUAAAGUCAGCUGUCAGGGGGACCUAAGGAACAAGAGCACCAUCUAUUGGAGAGAAUAAGAAUGGCUGCUGCCAGCUACUGUCCUUUAUAUUCACCUUUGACCUUUAUGUUAAAUGAUAAUGUUUUAAAGGAGGCUCUUUACCAACUAAAACAAGUUCAUCUCUUGGUUACUUUAACAAGCCUACACCAAAGUGCUGACAUCUGUUUUUUGCUUGUACAUAAUGCACACUGUUUCAUUUUCUAUGUAGCACAAAGACGAUUAGAAUGACAAUUAUAUAGACUUAUUAAAAACAACAUUUUUUUACUUAUUCAAAUGGGAAUGUUAAGGCUGAGGUCUUUGAGAGUGUGUAGACGUUUGCUGGUACAGUAACACAUGACACCUGGGUAAAUAUUGUAUAUUCAAAAAAGCAGCUUAAAAGUGAGAAGUUUCAGCAAAACCUCACAUGUAUAAUGUGGUGAUACAAGUUUUCUUGUUUACUCAAAAGUAUAUUUGCUAGUUACAUAUUUACCUAGGUGACCUCUGCUGUAACAAGUUUGUGAAGCUCCGUAACUGACAAGGCAGGAUUGUCCAUUCAUGUAUACACUCCCACACAGUACUAGAUAAGAAGACAUUGAUAUGUUAGUCUGCCUGUGUGCCUGUGAAAGCUCUUAUUUUGUAUUUACAAUUUUGAAGUUUGAAGGGUAGCCCUGUUACUUCUCUUCUGUCUUUAAUUUAGUGUUGUCUGUUUUUAAUGCUGGUGAAUUAAGAUGGACGAUUUAAGAAGUAGUUUAAGUCAAACCUUAUAUGAAUUUCAAAUGUGUAUGUGUCGGCUUUUAAUAUGAAAAUUUUCCAUAAAAGCAUUUGAUGGUAAGUGGUUUUGAUGAAGUUACUGGUUUAAGUUGUGUUGGAGGAACAUGUUAUGGUUCUGGGGAAGACUGUUUUCUGUUUGGAGUCUGUUUAAUACACUGUCGCACCACGUUUACACAUAACAUGCACAAAUUAAUGUAGUUGGUCAAAUUCGACUGCCAUAUAAUCAGAAUAUUAACAAAUUCAAAAAUUACACUGCUGAAAUAUUUCCUAUAGGCUUUAAUUUCCCCAUACAUCGGAAAUAAAUGAAUGCAUUUCACGGUGUAUCAGAGGUAAUCUCGGUUCUGAUUAUAACAUGAACGAGCACUACAUUUCUGACGUGUGUGUUUGUAUUUAACAUUGUAAAAAAAUAUGUAUCUUUAAAUCUCCCUGGCCACUGUAGCAUAUGUUUAUAUGUACAGUAAACAAAUGUAAUAAUAUCUUUGCUUGUUCUCAAAUGUGAAUGAAUGUACAUAGAGGGAGUCCUUUUAUUUUUUUGUUUUCUAAACGUUGCAUUAAAGUGAAUAGUUGCCUGGGGUAAAGGUGAAAUUUAAAAAUGACAUUUCCGUUACUGUAAACAUGCUUUGAAAAAUAAAUUCUAUUUACCCUUA